CAGCUCUUUUCUUUACCCCUUUGAAGUCCAGAUCUGCCAUUCAUCGUUGGUAACAUUUGAACUAAAUUAGAACAGCUUUUUUAUUCCGAAUAUCUUGAAACACACAGUAAGCGUCGUGUAUUAUGUAUCUUCUAACCUAUUUGAUUUAACUGCAUCUAACUAGCCUUAUAUAUAGAUGAGUAAUACUGCUCAGGGGACCUUCACCAGUGAUGGGAGGGGGUAUUUUACCGGGAUCUAUACGAUGCCCGACAAUACGCAGAGGACCUUCACUGGACAAUUUUCAUCUGCUGUCCCAGCAUACUCUGUGCCGUCAUCCACAAUUACCUACGACGGUGAUCUGGAAGGCAUCCACAAUGUGGAGGGGGUGAUUGGAGCAUCUGAGAUGGAUUCCCAGCUGGACAACGGGGUGGUGUUAAGUGGAAGACUCAAUGCGCCGGUCAAUCGGAGGUACAGUGUUAUGGGUCAGGGAACAUGGUCCACACCAUACUAGACCAGCCAUAUUGGAAUAUGCGGCGAGUAGCUAUCGAAACGUACAAGUCUGAAUGGGUUAUAUAAUGACAAUUGGUUGCUUGCUCUUCAACACAGCUAUAGGAGUGAUAUGCUUGGGAAUCCUAAAUUCGGGAAAGUCGCACUUAAUGCAGAUGUUCAUGAGAAAAGAAAUUAAGCUCUCAUCAAUAACUUAA